AUGGGUCGGAAACGGCCAUCGAAGGCCGGAUCUGGCUCGUCUCAGGUUGCCGACUCCACAUCCGGCGAUGCCGCUGCAUCAGGCGGAGGCUCGCGUGGUGCUAUGGUGGUGUCCGGUAGCUCUAGCAGCAGGCGAGGCGCAGGCGACAGAGGGCUUUCAUCGCAACAGGAGGAAGGAUCCAAGGGGAGAGAUCCUGGCUACCUUGAACCCUCAGAUCCGCGAUUCGCGGAAGUGAAAUCGGAAUGCGAAAAGGCAGUGAAGGCGCUUCGGCGGGGCAACGCACCGAAAGCGGUGAAGCUUAUAAAAGAAGCCACGGGGAAAUUCUCGUCCGUUCCGCUGUGCCACCGCGUGAACGGACACAUCCACCUGAAACUCGCGAACAUGAUCGAGGAUGCUUCCACGAAGCAGCGCCAUCUACGGACCGCGCUAGAAUCCGCGCUUAAAGCCACGGAACUCUCUCCGAACUCCGUCGAAUACUCCCACUUCUACGCGCAGCUUCUCUUCGAAGCGGCCGACGGGCGUGACUAUAGCGAGGUGCUGCGCGAGUGCGAGCGCGGGCUGGGGAUCGAAUCGCCGGUGGAUCCGGCGAAGGAGAGCUUGCAGGAGGAGAGUCAGCAGGAGCUGGCGACGCCGGCGGAGCGCGUGACGCACGUGCAGAACGAGUUGCGCGGGCUGCAGCAGAAGGCCAACAUCGCGUCGUUCUCGACGAUCUGGCGCAGCUUCGGCAACGGCGCGGACGAGCGGUUCAAAUUUUUGCAGCUUCCGCUUUUGAGGCGCCUUAAAAACAUCUGGCGCAGCUUCGGCAACGGCGCGGACGAGCGGUUCAAGUUCCUGCAGGUAUGGGAGAGUCCCUGGAAGGUGGGUGGGAGGGACAGUGGGAAUUCAGGUUCCUGCAGGUAUGGGACAGAUCGUGUAUUCAUGAGGCGCCUCAAAAAGCAGAAUGCCAGCAUCGCGUCGUUCUCCACCAUCUGGCGCAGCUUCGGCAACGGCGCGGACGAGCGGUUCAGAUUUUUGCAGGUGAAGAAGAUCUCAGACGACCCCAUCAAGCCCCGCUCGUAUUAUCCCGCUUCCCCACUCCUGCCCUCCCUCCCUCUUCCCCACUCUCCUCCCUCUUUUCCUCUUCUCGUUCAAAAGCAAGUGAAGAAGAUCUCAGACGACCCCAUCAAGCCCCGCUCGUAUUAUCCCGCUUCCCCACUCCUGCCCUCCCUCCCUCUUCCCCACUCUCCUCCCUCUUUUCCUCUUCUCGUUCAAAAGCAAGUGAAGAAGAUCUCAGACGACCCCAUCAAGCCCCGCUCGUAUUAUCCCGCUUCCCCACUCCUGCCCUCCCUCCCUCUUCCCCACUCUCCUCCCUCUUUUCCUCUUCUCGUUCAAAAGCAAGUGAAGAAGAUCUCAGACGACCCCAUCAAGCCCCGCUCGUAUUAUCCCGCUUCCCCACUCCUGCCCUCCCUCCCUCUUCCCCACUCUCCUCCCUCUUUUCCUCUUCUCGUUCAAAAGCAAGUGAAGAAGAUCUCAGACGACCCCAUCAAGCCCCGCUCGUAUUAUCCCGCUUCCCCACUCCUGCCCUCCCUCCCUCUUCCCCACUCUCCUCCCUCUUUUCCUCUUCUCGUUCAAAAGCAAGUGAAGAAGAUCUCAGACGACCCCAUCAAGCCCCGCUCGUAUUAUCCCGCUUCCCCACUCCUGCCCUCCCUCCCUCUUCCCCACUCUCCUCCCUCUUUUCCUCUUCUCGUUCAAAAGCAAGUGAAGAAGAUCUCAGACGACCCCAUCAAGCCCCGCUCGUAUUAUCCCGCUUCCCCACUCCUGCCCUCCCUCCCUCUUCCCCACUCUCCUCCCUCUUUUCCUCUUCUCGUUCAAAAGCAAGUGAAGAAGAUCUCAGACGACCCCAUCAAGCCCCGCUCGUAUUAUCCCGCUUCCCCACUCCUGCCCUCCCUCCCUCUUCCCCACUCUCCUCCCUCUUUUCCUCUUCUCGUUCAAAAGCAAGUGAAGAAGAUCUCAGACGACCCCAUCAAGCCCCGCUCGUAUUAUCCCGCUUCCCCACUCCUGCCCUCCCUCCCUCUUCCCCACUCUCCUCCCUCUUUUCCUCUUCUCGUUCAAAAGCAAGUGAAGAAGAUCUCAGACGACCCCAUCAAGCCCCGCUCGUAUUAUCCCGCUUCCCCACUCCUGCCCUCCCUCCCUCUUCCCCACUCUCCUCCCUCUUUUCCUCUUCUCGUUCAAAAGCAAGUGAAGAAGAUCUCAGACGACCCCAUCAAGCCCCGCUCGUAUUAUCCCGCUUCCCCACUCCUGCCCUCCCUCCCUCUUCCCCACUCUCCUCCCUCUUUUCCUCUUCUCGUUCAAAAGCAAGUGAAGAAGAUCUCAGACGACCCCAUCAAGCCCCGCUCGUAUUAUCCCGCUUCCCCACUCCUGCCCUCCCUCCCUCUUCCCCACUCUCCUCCCUCUUUUCCUCUUCUCGUUCAAAAGCAAGUGAAGAAGAUCUCAGACGACCCCAUCAAGCCCCGCUCGUAUUAUCCCGCUUCCCCACUCCUGCCCUCCCUCCCUCUUCCCCACUCUCCUCCCUCUUUUCCUCUUCUCGUUCAAAAGCAAGUGAAGAAGAUCUCAGACGACCCCAUCAAGCCCCGCUCGUAUUAUCCCGCUUCCCCACUCCUGCCCUCCCUCCCUCUUCCCCACUCUCCUCCCUCUUUUCCUCUUCUCGUUCAAAAGCAAGUGAAGAAGAUCUCAGACGACCCCAUCAAGCCCCGCUCGUAUUAUCCCGCUUCCCCACUCCUGCCCUCCCUCCCUCUUCCCCACUCUCCUCCCUCUUUUCCUCUUCUCGUUCAAAAGCAAGUGAAGAAGAUCUCAGACGACCCCAUCAAGCCCCGCUCGUAUUAUCCCGCUUCCCCACUCCUGCCCUCCCUCCCUCUUCCCCACUCUCCUCCCUCUUUUCCUCUUCUCGUUCAAAAGCAAGUGAAGAAGAUCUCAGACGACCCCAUCAAGCCCCGCUCGUAUUAUCCCGCUUCCCCACUCCUGCCCUCCCUCCCUCUUCCCCACUCUCCUCCCUCUUUUCCUCUUCUCGUUCAAAAGCAAGUGAAGAAGAUCUCAGACGACCCCAUCAAGCCACUCUCACGUCCCGUUUCCACCCUCCCUCCCCCUUCCCCCCCGCUCUUCCCACCCUCACGCCCAAAAGCAGGUGAAGCGCGUGGUGCGCACGCUGGAGGAGCGCCGCCAGGAGAUCGAGGUGCGCGUCACGGCCGCACGCCUGCUGCAGCAGCAGCAGCAGCAGCAGCAGCUGCAGGGGCAGGGGCAGGGGCAGGGGCAGGGGCAGGGGCGGACGGAGGCGGAGGUGGAGCUUCCGCGUCCGCCUCGGAUGCUGCGCCUGGUUCCGCGUCCGCGCGCGGGGAGCGGAAGGGGGACGCGGAGGAGGACGGCGCGGGGGGGAAGGAUGGGGCGGGGGGGAAGCGGCGGGGGGGGCUGGACGGGGCGAAGAGGCGGAGGGAGGUGCUGGCGGGGAGGCGCGGGGCCAGGGCGCAAUCCGCUAUAGAGGAGAAGGUGGAGAAGGUUCGGCCGUUUUGGAAGGCGCUGGGGCAGGAGGAGAAGGAUAAGAUUCUGGAUAUUCCCAUUGCUGACUUCUGGGCGUGCUGCCUGUGUGACGAGAGGUUCAUAGACGCGGAGUCGUUCCAAGCGCACAUGCAGGAGGAGCAUAUAGGAAAGCUGAGUGCGGAGCAGGAGAGAAUGAUUCCCGAGGAGGAGGCGCUGUCUUGGGAGGAGAUUUUUACAAGGCUGGAUGUUACACCUGUGGAUGGGAUUGAGGCGGUGAGGAGGCUUGUAGAGGGGAUGAGUGGGGCGGGUGGGGUGGGUGGGGAGCGGGGUGGGAAGGGUGUGGAGGGGACGAAGGGGAAGAGGAAGGGGAGUGAGGAGGGUGAUGAAGGCGGGGAGAAGGAGGAAGAGGAGAAGAAGGGGGGGAAGGAGGAGGAGGAGAAGAAGGAGGGGAAGGAGGAGGAGGAGAAGAAGGAGGGGAAGGAGGAGGAGGAGAAGGAGGGGAAGGAGGAGGAGGAGAAGGAGGAGGAGAGGGAUGAAGCGUGUGCGAUGGAGCUUGAUGGGGAGGGAACAGAGGAGGGAGAAGCGGAGGGAGCAAAGGAAGGAGUAGAGAAGGGAGCGGAGAAGGGAGAAGGAGAGGGAGCAGAGGAGGGAGAUGUGGAUAUUGAGAAGGGAGUGGCUGCUGCUCUAGGCGAGACUAUAAGUGGCAGUGAGGAGGGGAAGAAGGGGGGCAGUUCGGGGGAUAUGGGAUCCGGAAAGGUUUCAGGCGAGGAGGAGAGAGGGGUGGAUGGUGUUGGGGAAGGUAAGGAGGUUAAAGUGGGUGGUGGCAGGGAUGGUCAAGAGAACGGUGCGGGAGAGGAUGAGGAGGAGGAGGAGGAAGAUGAGGAGGAGGAGGACGAGGAGGAGGAGAAGAAGAGGUAG